AUGACCUGGGACCGUCUGAUAGUCCCGCAGCUGCCACCAAUGCCCCCAGGCGACUGGAACACAGGGCAUGUCGUAACGCACCUAGAGCAAGGCACCCCUUAUUUUUCUCGCUAUGCGAAGGUCGAGCUCCCGACCAUCGUCAGUACAUGGCAUCCCGUGCGGAUCGACUGGCUCGACCUGGAGGGAAGGCAACAACUUCGCAGCAAUAUCUAUACUGCGACUCUAAAAAAGGACAUUGGAGGAGAAACGCAGUACUUUGAGGAUGAAACAAAGGUUUAUCAACGUCUUGACGGACGGGGAAUCGCACCACAAUUCCUGGGCCAUUUGACAGAAGAAGAAAGAGUCAUGGGCUUAGUGAUCGAGUACAUCAAAGACGCACGACACACGGGGCCAGAAGACGUGGACGUAUGUCAAGAUACUUUGGGGAACUUACACCGACUCGGCAUGUUACACGGGGAUGUGAACAGACACAAUUUUCUCGUUCGCGAAGCCGGUGGUCGAGGCAAAACCGUUACAAUGGUCGAUCUCGAAACUGCCUCUGAAUGUACCGACCCCGAUGUGUUUGAGGAUGAAAUUGACCGUCUUCGCGAGGAGCUCCACUCGACUGAUGGCAAGGGAGGGUAUCAUGUCGGAAAUUGUCAAUGA